CUUUUAAGGAAUUACCAUCUAACACCGCGUUUUUUCGUCACUUUAGAACUAUCGAAUAGACUCAACUAUGUCUGAUCUAGAUAGACUAUCUGAAUGUGAUAGCCUCAUAUCAACUAUCUUAUUAGACAUCGUAUGGAACUUUAAUGUCGUUAAAUCAUCAAAUUGCGAUUUAAAUACAAAUAACAUAAAGGAUUUAGUUAUUGAGUCUCUCUCGAAAUAUAAUUAUAACCCAAACAAGCUAGUUGAUGCUUUAUUAAGCUUGGAUUUCAUUAAAAAACACCUUCGUAGGAAGCAGCUAUCAUAUAAAUCCUUAUUUAGAGAUCAUUUACACGUCUACUCUUUGUUAUUUCACCCCUCAACGCCCUUCGAGAUUAGAUAUAAUAGAAGGCUUUCAGAAUUUACCAAAAAGUCUGAAUAUUCUUUAGUAGCAACUAAGAAUAUACCGAAGGAUACUUUAAUAUCUAACUGCUUAGCGACUCUGAUAAAAAUAUCUCACGAUCAAGAUAAAGUAUUACGCGAUUCGAACAACGAUUGGAGUAUUUUAACUUCACUUACUACUGGUACUCGCAUAUUUCUUGGUCCUGCCAGAUUCGCUAACCAUGAUUGCGAUAACAAUGUUCAGCUCGAAAGGACACAGAAUCACGUAUAUUUCAGAACUAACCAAUGGAUUAAAUCGGGUCAGGAGGUUUUAUUAAAUUACGGAAACCACUAUUUUGGCGAAAACAAUGAAAAUUGCUUCUGUCUCACUUGCGAAACCAACAAUAAUGGCGCGUUUAAAAAUCUUGAUUAUAACACCCAAGAUAAUCAACUUAGAACUAGAUUCAAUAGCUACAUACGAUCUAAUACUACCAGUUCAACUAAUUACUCUUCCGCUUCUUCAUCACUCACGCCCCUCUCAUCCUUAUCGGACUUAAACGAAAUACUAUGCUCUAAUGAUAAAUGCAAAAACGAUAAGUUGGAAAACAAUGACGAAUGUCACACUUGCUUAAUUCAUAGAAGAAUAUAUCAGAAUUCUUGGCCAUCGCGUAAUAGACUCAAAAAUUCAUCAUACCAACAUGAAUACAUGUCAGAAGAUAGUACAUCCGAAAGCUCAUCUGCACCUUCUUCACCUGCGAGUUCUAUGUAUUCUGAUACAAAUGAAUGA